AUAAUAUCUCGAUAAUAGGGUUUUGGAACCCAUCUGUCUCCGACUCUAGGGUUUUAGACAGUCUCUCUCCCUCCCCAGGACUCAAGGGCUAGGGACCAGAGCUCCCUCUCUAACACGACGAAGAGAAGAAGACGAAGCAUUUGGUUUUCCAGUCAUUAUGAAUUUCAAAAAUGUCAGAGUUCCAAAAGUGCCUGGGGGCGGUGCUGCCUCGGCUUUGACAAAGGCUGCAGUACUUGGUGGGCUUGGCAUCUAUGCAGCAUUAAAUAGUCUCUACAAUGUUGAGGGAGGUCAUCGAGCUAUUGUUUUUAACCGUUUAGUGGGUGUCAAAGACAAGGUUUAUCCUGAGGGGACUCAUUUGAUGAUUCCUUGGUUUGAUAGACCCGUCAUUUAUGAUGUCCGUGCUCGCCCCCACCUUGUUGAGAGUACUUCUGGAAGUCGUGAUCUUCAAAUGGUCAAGAUAGGUCUUCGAGUUCUUACUCGUCCUUUGCCAGAUCAAUUACCCACUAUCUAUAGAAGCCUUGGCGAGAAUUAUAAUGAGAGGGUUCUGCCAUCAAUUAUCCAUGAAACUUUAAAAGCAGUGGUAGCCCAAUACAAUGCAAGUCAACUCAUCACUCAGAGAGAGGCUGUCAGUCGAGAAAUAAGGAAAAUAUUGACCGAGAGAGCUGCAAAUUUCAAUAUUGCCCUUGAUGAUGUUUCUAUUACGGGCCUUACCUUUGGGAAGGAGUUCACCGCUGCAAUUGAAGCCAAACAAGUUGCUGCUCAAGAAGCAGAACGGGCAAAGUUUGUUGUGGAGAAAGCUGAGCAAGACAAGAAGAGCGCUGUUAUUAGAGCACAGGGAGAAGCCAAGAGUGCUCAACUUAUUGGUCAGGCCAUUGCUAAUAACGCAGCUUUCAUCACCUUGAGGAAGAUUGAAGCUGCAAGAGAGAUAGCUCAUACCAUCUCCAACUCUGCAAACCGUGUUUUCUUGAGCUCGGAUGACCUCUUGCUCAACCUUCAGGAGAUGAAUUUGGAGAGCCCAACUGGUUCUAAGAAGUGAGGUUAAAGCAGAAACCCGUUAUAUACACAACCUGUGGGGCUGAAUCAUGUCUCAAUUUUGGAGAAUUGGGUAAAGUAAAACAAACUCAUUUUAUUUAGCUUAUUCAUAAAAUUGCUUAUUUUUGGCGAGGGGCAUUUUUUAGUGGAUUCGCUCACAACUUUCUGAGACUUUGUGGUAGUCGGGAUCUCUGCCUUUGUUACAGAAAAAUUGAUUUUUGUCCAUUCAUUUUUAUGGAUUUAUGUGAGGCUGAAGCUUGAGUUGCUUUAGGAUGAGGUGUUGCCCUUCAAAUGUAACAAAAGUUUUCAAAUAGGGCAAUGAUCUUGCCUUUCAUUUCCCUUCUUGGUAUCAAAAGUCUGUUGUCGACUUCAAAAGGUGUAGAUGUUCCCCCUGUUGUUGAUAGCUGAAAGUAUAAAAUAUA